AUGCCUCUUAGUCAGAAAUUGGAUGAGCCUCUUGUUACAAUUGAGAUUGCUGACUCCAGCACAAUGCAGCAGGCAGUCGAUCCUCUCGCUACCACCAGCACGCCCACGGCAGAGCCCGUCAAUGGCGCUCCGCCUGAUGAGCCGGCUCGGCGGCAGGGGCGGAUGACCAAUCAGCUGCAAUUUCUACAAAAGAAUGUGAUGAAGGCAGUAUGGAAACAUCAGUUUGCAUGGCCUUUCCACCAACCAGUAGAUGCAAAAAAAUUAAACCUUCCUAUAAUUAAAAAACCCAUGGAUUUAGGAACGAUAAAGAAGAGGCUUGAGUCCAAUUAUUACUAUUCAGCUCAGGAAUGUAUUCAAGAUUUCAACACCAUGUUCACCAACUGCUAUGUGUACAACAAACCCGGCGAGGAUGUUGUAGUCAUGGCACAAACUUUGGAGAAGUUGUUUCUGAACCGGAUAGCGCAAAUGGAUAAGGAAGAAAAAGAGAUUGAGGCACCAUCGAAGGGUGGGAAGGGUGGAGUGAAGAAGCGCGGCACGUCGACGCCAGGCGCAGUGGCCGCAGUGGCCGGGGCCGGGGCGGCGAGCGCGCCCAGCCCCGCGCCGCGCGCCGCCAAGCCGCCGGCCGCCGCGCCACACCCUGCCCUCGUGGGCUCCACCAACACCACCACGACGCCCGCCAUCCCCGCGCCGCCUGCAACGCCACCCGCCACUCACACUGGCUUGCCACAACAGGUCGCGACUCAGCCGUCGAGUUUCCAUGUGGCUCCACCGGCAGCCCCACCUGUCUCGACGAUACCUGCGGUAGCACUAUCCCAAACACAGCCAGCUAAGGUGAAAAAGGGUGUGAAGAGAAAAGCCGACACUACUACUCCUAUGGGAAGUUCCUUUGAAGGAGGAUACACUACACCAACAAUUGAUCAACAGAGUGGUCCCAAACCUGCAAAGAUUUCCACUAGGAGAGAGAGUGGACGCCAGAAAAAGGCGAGUAGGACAGGCGAUGAUGGCUUCAAAAUGGGUGGAUUGUCUCCCAGUGGAGCAGGUGCUUCACAUCACUCUGCUAUGACUCCCCAGCUUGCGAAGGGCAAAGAAAAGCUUUCAGAUGCUCUCAAGAGUUGUAAUGAAAUUUUGAAAGAAUUGUUUUCCAAAAAACAUUCAGGUUAUGCAUGGCCAUUCUACAAACCUGUAGACGCCGAAUUACUUGGACUUCACGAUUAUUUUGAUAUUAUUAAGAAACCCAUGGACCUCGGAACUGUUAAACAAAAGAUGGACAAUAGGGCAUAUAAACAGCCACUGAAUUUGCCGCCGAUGUCCGCCUAA